GCCCGGGCGGGGCCCGGCGGGGAGGAGGGUCAGCCGCCGCCAGCCCGCGGCCGGAGCCUAGGCAGGGAUCCCGCGGCCCGCGCCGUCGGGGCUCCGAGGGCGCCGCCGCGCGCGUGCGGGCGGCCAUGGAGCUCUGGCCGUGGCUGACCGCGGCGCUGCUGCUGCUGCUGCUGCUGGUGCAGCUGAGCCGCUCGGUCAAGUUCUACGCCAAGAUCGGCCUGUACUGCGUGCUCUGCUUCGCAGCCUCCGCGGUGGCCGCGGUCGUCUGCCUGCUGCGCCACGGCGGCCGGACGGUGGAGAACAUGAGCAUCAUCAGUUGGUUCGUCCGGUCCUUCAAGUACAUAUACGGCCUUCGCUUUGAGAUAAAGGGCCGCCAGAAGCUGGAGGAGGACCGCUCCUGUGUCAUCAUUUCCAACCACCAGAGCAUCCUGGACAUGAUGGGCCUCAUGGAGGUCCUCCCGGAUCGCUGCGUGCAGAUCGCCAAGCGGGAACUGCUGUUCCUGGGGCCCGUGGGCCUGAUCAUGUACCUGGGGGGCGUCCUCUUCAUCAACCGGCAGCACUCCAGGACGGCCAUGACCGUGAUCACCACUGUGGGCGAGCACAUGGUCAGGGAGAAGCUUAAAGUGUGGAUCUACCCCGAGGGCACACGGAACGACAACGGAGAUCUGCUGCCUUUCAAGAAAGGUGCCUUCUACCUGGCAGUCCAGGCCCAGGUGCCCAUCAUCCCCGUGGUGUACUCCAGUUUCUCCUCCUUCUACAACACUAAGACGAAGCUCUUCACCGCAGGGACCAUCAAGGUAGAGGUGCUGGACGCCAUUCCCACCAGCGGCCUCACUGUUGAUGAUGUCCCCAAGCUGAUGGACACCUGCCACCAGGCCAUGAGGGCCUGCUUCUUCCACAUAUCCAAGACAGCCCAGGAGAACGGGGCCCCUGCAGGGCCUGAUGUCCGGCCAGCCCAGUAGCCAGGGCCUGGGGCAGGGCAGGACCUGUCCGGAGAAUGCACAGAGGGACCCCGCCCACUGAAUAGCACUGUGUCCCCUCCCUCGGCUCCCCCACUUCCACUCAGGCCCUGGAAGCAGGGGGCCCCUUCCUGUCACUGGCCUCAGAUCCAGGCCCCGAUGUCCCUGUAAAGGAGUCAGCCAGAACCUCCCGCAGCUCUGAGGACAGGGCCUCGCCCACCCUUGUGCCCCCAGGGUCCACGUAGGAGCGGGUCUGGGCCCCGGGGGGUGCGGAGGGAUGCUCUGGGGUCCCAGCCGCGGCCUGCAUCAGGCUCUCAGGGAGAGACGGGGGCUGAGGAGAGAGCAGGACACCUGGGCUCCUGCCACCUGGGCCUCAGGGAGCCUGAAAGCAGGGUCUGCGGCUCCCACCGUCCCCGGGGAGCAAGUCUGCUGAAUCUGGACUGCGCUCCAUCGUUGUUUUUUAUAAACAUACUCUUGGAA